CAGUGUGUUGAUCAGGAGCAGAUGGGGGUCAAGAGGAGACCUGAACAGACCGGAUCAACCAGAACCGUCCUCUGUCUGCAGGACUGAACAGGAAACAGUAAAACCAGAGAGAGAGAGAGAGAGAGAGAGAGGGGGGAGGGUUCAACCUGAGGAGAGCAGGAACCUGAAGAUCAGCUGACGGCUGCAUGAGAGUCAGUCUGUCCUUGUGUGAGGCGUUCACUGACCGCUGCCUCGGUGGCAGUUACCUGUGAACAUCAGAGCCGGCGUAAGGAAGCCUGUGAGGCUCAGUUCUCCAGGAUGUUGCAGCUGUGUAAAGUCACCAGCGCUCUGUUCAUCAGCAACGCCCGUUCAGCCUGCAGCGACGAGCUCCUCCAGCAGGAGGCGGUGACGCUCUGCAUCAACGUGUCCAAGCAGCAGCCGUUUCCCUCCGCCGCCGCCGUCACCAAGCUGCAGAUCCCCGUCUACGACGACCCCAACGAGGAUCUGUACGUCCACUUCGACCGCUGCGCCGACGCCAUCCAGAAGGAGGCGAACCGCGGAGGACGCAGCGUCGUGUACUGCAAGAACGGACGCAGCCGCUCGGCCACCGUCUGCAUCGCCUACCUGAUGAAACACCGCAAACUGGCGCUGACCGACGCGCUGCAGAAAGUGAAGACGGCUCGUCACGAGAUCGAUCCAAACCCCGGCUUCCUGUCUCAGCUGCAGAGAUACGAGCAGGAGCUUAAGAGGAGACGAGGACGGACGGACAGACGGAGGGACUGAAUGACGGGUGGACGUCUGUCUGAUCAACCAGAAGCCUUCACGUCCGUCCUGAGAGUCUCGGUGUGAAAACAGCCAGCAGGGAGCCUCUGGAGAGGAGCUGAAGAGCUGCAGGUUGCUGACCGCUGGUUUAAGUGUACGC